AUGCUCGCAAAUUAUAAUGAAAUUAAAAAAUUAUUUAAUUAUUAUAUUAGAGAAUACUAUUAUCAAAAAUCAAAAGGUACUUAUUUUGUUUAUAUUAAGAAACCAGGCUUACUGUUUACUUCUUUAAAAUUUUAUAAAAAAAAAAAAACGUACUUCCCAAAUAUAUAUGAUUGGUAUUUUGAUAAUUUAAGUGAUUUAAAGAGAAAUAAAGAUAUAUUAAAUUAUGAAAAUUAUUAUAAUACGAAAAAUAUAUAUUCUUAUAAAAUAAGUAAAGAAAAAAAAGUUAAGGAAAAUUAUGUUGAUACUAAUAAUAUAUAUGUGAAUGAUUCAGAAGAAAGUUUAAAAAACACUUAUAAAACUAGUAAUUUAUACUUUAAUAUGAAUCCAAUAUAUUUAUCUAAAAUAUGUUUAUAUGAUUUAAAUGAUUUCAAUAUAUUGUUUUCAAAUAAUUAUUAUGAUGCAUUUAUGCAUUUUUAUUAUAACAUUUUAUCAUAUAAAAUGAAUAUUAAUGAUAUUCGAAUUUUUCCAAACUUAAAAAUAUUAAUUGGUCAUAUUAGAAAUUUAAGUAACAUAGUAAAUGAUGAAUUAAUAAAAAAUACUUAUUUUUAUUUAAUUAAACAAAAAAAAGUAUAUGAUGAAAAUUAUCUUUCCAGUAUUUUUAAUAGUAUUUAUGCGAUUAUGUUGAACAAUUCCCCCUUUUACAUAUUUGUAGAUAACAAGGAACAAUUUAUAAAUAUUCUUAAUUUCAUAAAUAAAGAUAAUAUAAAAAAUAUGUUUGAAAGUGUUUUACCACAUCCUUAUUAUUUAAUAAUAGAUGAUAGCAUAAAUAUUUAUAAUUUACAAAGUUUUAAUAUUUUCUUAAAUAAAAUUUUAAAUAAAAAUAAGAAAAACUCUUCUUCUAAUGAAAAGGAGGAAGAAACUAUUUUCUUUUCUCAUAAAAACAACAUAAAUUCAUUUGUCUAUAAUAUUAAUAAUCAUAAUAAUAAUAUAAACUACAAUGGUAUUAGUUGUAACAAUAGUAAAAAUAAAUAUAUUCAUGAUAAAACUAAGUUUAAUUGUGAAAAAGGAAAAUUAUCGGAAAAAAUAUUAAAUUCAAAAAGUGAAAAAAUAUAUUUUUUUAAAUUAUUAAAAAUUUUUGAUAUGAAGCCAAACUAUCGCUUUAGGGAGAAAAAGUAA